ACAAGACGUGCACCAAUCACGGCAUUCACGCAUCUUCCUUUUGGAACUUUCCAUAUUUUGAUCAAUCGAUGAUCAACAUAUAUAUAUAUCUUCUUAAUUUUCUCCAAUGUUGAAUCUCAUUUAUUUAUUAUAUUUGUGAAUAUACAAAAUUUUCAAACAAAAAAAAACUAAUCCAAAUACUCUAUACAAACUAGUGAGAGAUCAGAUUUCUACAAUCUGUUGAAGACAACAAAACGCAUCGUAAUCUGGGUUCGUUUCUUUCUCAUUCUUUCUCUAUUAUGACUUUGUUCUCAUUCUUUUGCGUUCAUUGAUUCAAUCCCACAUCGCUGGAAGAUCCAGAAAUCCAAGCUUCUUUAUCAGGCCAAGAACUGGGGGAGAUCUUCAGAGCUAAAGAAUCUGAUCUACCAAACGAAAGUAUCAUUUACUGAUAUAACAUGGAGUUGACAAACUGAGAUUGUUAGAGAGAGAGAGAGAGAGAGAGAGAGCUUUGUGAAUAUGAGUAAGCAACCUCAAGUGAAGCUAGAUGAUGAGCAGAUCGCGGAGCUACGAGAGAUUUUCCGAUCAUUCGAUCGUAACAAUGAUGGAAGCUUGACACAGCUUGAGUUAGGAUCUCUUCUAAGGUCUCUAGGGCUAAAACCGAGCCCUGACCAACUCGAAACCCUAAUUCAAAAGGCUGAUACAAACAGUAAUGGUCUCAUUGAGUUCUCGGAGUUUGUGGCCUUAGUGGCGCCGGAGUUGCUUCCGGCCAAGUCACCAUACAGUGAGGAGCAGCUGGGGCAGCUGUUUAGGAUGUUUGAUAGAGAUGGAAAUGGAUUUAUUACCGCGGCAGAGUUGGCACAUUCUAUGGCUAAGUUAGGCCAUGCUCUCACCGCGGAGGAGUUGACCGGGAUGAUCAAAGAGGCCGACACCGAUGGUGAUGGGAGGAUCAGUUUUCAGGAGUUCUCAAAUGCAAUUACCUCUGCUGCUUUUGACAACUCCUGGGCUUAGUCUGUGCAUAUACAUUUAUUCACAUUGAAGAUUUUCUAAGUAUGAUUUUGUUUCUUGUUUCUGGGUUUUCAAACACUAUAUCUGAUCUGUUAUUGGUUUCUGUUUCUGUCAAUGUUUAUAUGUCUAUCUGAUAUCUUUUAAUG